AUGAGGCUUAACGCUGUGGCGUCGUGUUUCUCGGCUUUAAAACCCUACAUCUGCAGCAACUAUACGAGCAUUGGCACUUCCAUUAAAACUCUAACGGCAAUGACAACCAUAGAAGAAUCUGAUGUGGGAAUCUCCUGCUUCAUCUCCCAGCUCCCUGGAUUUCGUGGCGUUCUCAAACAAAGGUACUCUGACUUUAUUGUGAAUGAAGUGGAUACCGAUGGAAAUGUUGUUCAUUUGACUUGUCUGGAUGCUCCUUUAGAGAGUGCGAAGGAGGAAGAGCGAACAAAAAAAUCUGAUCAGAUAAGCAAAAGCUAUGAUUCUGAAGUUGAAUCAUUUAGAGCACUUGCCGGUGAUGCUGAUGCUGAGCUAUUGGAAGCUUUAAUUAAUCAAAUCACUUCGAGCACCGAAAAUGACAUCUCACCUGUUGUUCUUAAUCCAAGUUGUGAUAAGUCCCAUAGAACGGCAGUGCAUAAUUUCUUUAAGGAGAACUUCAAAUUCCUAGUAACUGAUACAGUUGAUGGGCCUGACUCUUUAUCAAAGUGCAUUCGGGUGAGAUUAAACUCUGGUGGGCAAAAUAACAGGGGUAGAAAUUCCAAGAAACGGAAAGAGAGAGGUGAUAAACCUUUUGAUAGCAGAGGUUCAGAAAAUUGGCCAGAGCAUCUAGGAAAGUUCCUUAGGUUUCAUCUUUAUAAGGAGAACAAGGACACACAAGAAGCCUUAAAAUUGAUUGGAAAGAUGCUGGGAAUACAGCCAAGGUCAUUUGGUUUUGCGGGGACAAAAGAUAAACGCUCUGUUUCCACACAACGAGUGACUGUUUUCAAGCAGCAGGCCAGUAGAUUAGCUGCACUUAAUAAAAGGUUGAUUGGUAUCAAAGUGGGUGACUUCUGCAAUGUCAAGGAAGAACUACUUCUUGGACAGCUUUUAGGAAAUAGAUUUACAACCACAUUACGGGGAGUUGUUGCAGAUUCUGAAGAUACUAUAAAAGCAUCUGUAGAUUCCUUAGGGAGGGAGGGGUUCGUCAACUACUUUGGUUUACAACGUUUUGGGAGUGGCUUCAUUCCAACUCACCUUGUUGGAGCUGCAUUACUUAGAGGAGAAUGGAAAACUGCUAUCAGCAUGAUUCUCGAUCCAAGAGAAGGGGAAAAAAAUGCAAUAAAUAAAGCACGAGAAUAUUAUAAGGAAACUGGUGAUAUUGAUGGCACGCUCAAGCAAUUACCUUCCCACCUAGUUGCUGAAAAAGCUAUACUGCAGUGUCUGAAGAAAUGUCCUGGAAACUAUUUGCAGGCCCUGAAGGCUAUACCUAGGACUUUGAGAAUGAUGUAUGUACAUAGCUAUCAGAGCUAUUUAUGGAACCAUGCAGCAAGUAAGAGGGUGCAAAAAUAUGGAAACAACCAAGUCGUGUUAGGAGAUUUGGUAUACUGUAAGAAUAAUAACUCCCAAUGGGUGACUGGAGGUUUUGCUUCUGAAAGAGAAAAUGAAAACUGCACCAAGGUUUCUGACUCUAGUCCAGUAGAUGAGAUAUCUGAAAUGGAUGAAGAUCCUCCUGAAGAAAAAAAGAACCUUGUCAAGGUUCUAACUGAAGAAGAUAUCCAUGCUGGAACUUAUACUGCUGAUGAUGUUGUCCUCCCAUUGCCUGGUUCUAGAGUGAUAUAUCCAUCAAAUGAUAUUACCGAAGUUUAUCAUGAUUUGGCAAAGAAGGACAGCAUCAACUUGACUGAGAGCGUCCAUAAUGUCAAGGAAUUUUCAAUAACCUGUAUGACUGGAAAUUAUAGGCGGGUUUUCCAGAAGCCAAUUGACUUCAAGUGGGAACUGCUCAAAUAUACUGAUGCUAAUGUGCCAUUGGCAGAGACGGAUUUGGACAAAAUAACGAAGGCCAAACCCGUGGAGAUGGUUAAAGAUGAGGAACCUGUGGAUGGAAAUGAGGACAGUCAUAAAAUUGAUUGUGUUAAUGAACAAGAGGGUGAAAGAGAAGUUGGAUCUCGAAAAACUGAAUCUGUUGAUUCCUCUAAUUCUGCGGCUACCCAGAUGGCUCUCAAGUUAGGGUUUACUCUUCCAGCUUCAUGUUAUGCAACGAUGGCCAUAAGGGAGCUGCUGAAAACAUCAACAUCAGUAGCAUUCCACAAGACAUUGAAUCCGUAAACAAGUUGCAACUUGUGGAGAUUUAUAUUCACGUAAAACAGGCAAAUGCCUUUUGUGUUGGGACUAAAAUUUCUAAUUUAUGAAUUGAGGACGAGGAAUGGUCUGAAAAGGUUAUUUUUUGUUUUUUCCUAGAUGAGUAUCCAGAGUUGCUUGCUGGGGAAGGAAGGGAAGAAGGAUGUCAUCAUCUCCAGUUUGGUAGAUAUUUAUCAUUUUGUUCCAAAAAUUUUGUAAAUCUAUAAAAGUUACUUUCUUUUUGGUCCAACAAAAAUAGAACUCAUUCAAACUUAAAUUAACUAACUUUCUAGUAGAGUUUAGGUAUGAGUAAAGUAAAUUAAUUAUUUGUGCAAUUUAUUCGAAUUCGUUGCUUUGUUCAACUAGAACAUUAUGAACAUUUCAAAGGGAAUUGAAAUUAUGAACAUUUCAGGA